CGCUGCAAACGACCCUCCUCUUUAACCAAUCAGAGAGACGCAGCUUUUCCGCCUCGGUUGCCCUCCGAAAGGGGCAAAACCGCCUGAGGGGCCUGGCCUAGCGGCAAAAGCGCCUUUUCUCCACAGGCAGGUCUCGCUGUGGGUCGAGGCGACCCCGGGGGUGGAGGAAAGCGACGGAAGAGGCGGGGAGAAGCUAGCGGGCACCCGGGAGAAAGGAUACUCACAUUUGUGGGUUUUGAGGUUUGCUAGAACCACGGACGAAACAUGGAUUCUACUCCAGUAGAUACUUUGGCCUCUUCAACAGAAAAUAAGACUCAGAAUCUACUCAGUUAUCCAAGAAGACUCACUGGGGCAGAGAUUGAAAAUAUCAAUCAACGGUGUAAAGAAGAAAGCUUCUGGUACAGAGCUCUUCCUCUUUCUCUUGGAAGUAUGCUGAUUGCUCAAGGACUAAUUAGUAAAGGGAUUAUCAAGACUGCUUCUUUGAAUACAGUAGUGGUGGUUGGUGCUGUGGCGUUUUUUGCUGGGAAAAUGUUAUAUAUUGAAAAAUGUACGGAGAGUUUUAGAAAUCUUCUCGUGCCAUUCGGACCGGAACAGAGCAGGAAACAUUCUCCUACAGAUGAUGAAGACAAAGCAAAUCCUCAAAUGAAAAAAACAGAUACUCCUGUUUCUUAAAGCACCUAUUAUCAAAAUUAAUAUUUUACUCACAUUAAUGUAUCCCCACUCCACGUGAAGACACUGUACAGAAUUAUAAAUACUGGAAUAAAAUUAUUUUUGCAUAUUAGUAAAUCUGGUUAUUUUCUCUACAGAGAAUUCAUAUUACUUGUUCAUGUUCUGUAAAAUUGCCGUGAAUGUUGAAUUAAAAAAUGCUGAAACCUCA